CCUCUCCAUUGGCCCUGUGGUUCUGAGACGGACCUCAGCCUCUCCAAAGAUGACCUGGAGACAACUGCUUCUCCUCUCCUGUCUUUCAGCUGUUGUGUUUCUGGCCAUGAUGCAGGAGAGCACUGGUGCAUCUGUUGGCACCAGGCAGGUGACUGAACAAGAGGCCAAGGAAGCGGAGAACAGGCAGAAGCUUUGGGCUGAUGAGCUACAGAGAGAGUAUUAUGAAGAACAAAGGAACGAGUAUGAGAACUUCGUGGAGGAGCAAAAUGAUGAGCAAGAGGAGAGAAGCCGGGAGGCCAUUGAGCAGUGGCGCCAGUGGCAUUAUGAUGGUCUGUACCCAUCAUAUCUCUAUAACCGCCACAUCUGACCUCAUCGCUGCAGAGUCAAGAUGGAGCUUGAAACAUACCCCA